AUAGAUAGGUUUUGGUGCUACGGUUGUUUCGAUGUGUAAAACAUCAGGAGCCACUGUCUCAUCAGCUUGAUUAUGAUCCUUUUGAUUGAUUAUACGGUUUCUCCGUUUCUUCAGUCAACCACUGUUAUCCUCAUUGGGCUUCCCACUAGAAACCUCACUACAAAGGUCAUGAUUUCACACAAUCUGUCUUCCUACUUAGAAACACAACCUUUCUAUGUGGCAGAUAAUAGUCUCUCUAGGAUGAAAUUUGCACAUCUAUAAUACAUAAGAAUAUUAUUUCUUGGAUCUUUAGGUCAUCCAUCGACAAUGAAAGGGUUAAACUUAACCGCAUGCAAAUCAAAUAUAAUUAAUAAUAAUCCAAAACAUGUAAGAUUUCAGUUUCACAUUACUCAUGAAUACAUUGUUUAUCUUUCGGUGUAAUUUUGUCAAAACUUUUGGAAUAUUGACAUGACCAUGUGCGUAGAGACCACCAUAGUUGGAGUACUUGUAAGCGAAGAAUAUGCAGCGACCGUCGGUGGUGGAGAUCGUCGGCUCGGCGGUCGUCGGCGAGGCCGUCGGCCGGAUAUGCUCGUACCUCAUCAGCCGCGGUGAGGAGGAGGUGGCCGCCGGCGAUGGAGCCGAGCAUGACGAGGAGAGGAUGGAGGUGGCGCUGCUCAGGAUUCAGGCCGCCGUCGAGGAGGCCGACGGCUGGCACAUCACCAACCGCCCGCUCGUGCGGUGGCGCGACAAGCUCAAGCGCGCCGCCGACGAGGGCGAGUGCGUCCUGCGGGAGUACAGGCGGCGGCGGCGGCGGCGCCUGUGUGUCGCCGAUGAUGAUGCGCGCCGCCUUUGGUUUCCGAGGCGCGUUGCUCGGGCCGCCGGCAAGAAGCUCUUCGCCUUCGGCGGCGGAGACGAGCAGCGGCUGAGCGGCGGCACCGUGCGGCGGUUCGAGCGGCUGGCGGACGGCGUCGGCGACUUCGUGAAGCUCGUCGAGAGCGGCGGCCGCGCCAAGCGGUUUGUGCCGUUCCAGCCGGUCGCGGCGUCGCUGCUCGCGCGGAGAGCGGUGAGCUUCUCCGUCAAGCCGCCGGCGUCGCCGGGCGCCACGGCGCACGCGUUCGCGUUCCCGGACCUCACAUCACCGUGGCGCCGCCCGCGCGCGCACGUCGUGUUCCUGUACGCGGACGGCGGCGGCACCGGCGAGAAGCUGGAGCUGUUCGUGGAGCUCGACCUCUCUGAGAGCGCUGACGUCAUGGCGCUCGCUCUGUCCUCCAUGGACGCGCUGCCGCCGCACUUCCGCUUCGCCUCCGCCGCCGCCUUCGGGAGCUUCCACCGCCUGCAGGCCAUGACGCAGGACGACGGCGGCGGCGACCACCUCCCAGCGUGGGACGCGCACUACUGCAGCCAGCCGUCCCGGUACGAGCAGCCGGAGUGGAUGGCCGCCGGAUACGGCGACGAGCCGGCAUCGGUGGCGGCGCUGCCGGAGCACGUCCUCUACGUGGUCGCCGAGUGGGACAGCCCGGCGAGGGACGCACCGCGCACGACGCCGCCGCCGCCGCCGCCCGUCCACGUGAGCUACCACCUCGGGCGGCAGGGCGCGGACUGGGCGGUGCGGCGGGAGGAGAUGGCGAGGCGGAUCAUGGACGGCCGGUUCGGGACGCGCGCGCGGCGCGUCGAGAGGCACGUGGACGCCGGCGCGGAGACCUUCAACGGGGUGGUGAUGUGCACGGUGGACGGCUUCCGCCGGCGAAGUGAGGCGGCGGUGGCGGUGGCGGGGCAGGUGGUGCGGUGGUGCUUCGUGUCCGGGUGGGUGGUGUACUUGUCCGUCCGGGGCGUCGGCGCCGGACAGCCGUACGAGGUAGGCUUCCAAGGAUGAUGAUGCCAUUGUUGUUGAAUGUUGGUACUCAUCCUCUCACAAAUCUCAUUAUGAAUUGAAAUUAGGGAUACAAGCGGAUCGAUCCGUGAGUUUAAAUAAAUAAUAAUUUAUGGGUUUUCGCAUCGUGGCCUAACUUGCUGCAUCUAAAUAUACAAAUGGAUCGAUCUAUAAACCUAUUUAUAGUUAAAUUCAUAGUUAACCCGCUAGUUAAACCGGGGGGUUACGCACUAUUUUUGUCUAUAAGCGGGUUUGCAGGUAAACCCACUUGCACCCCUAAUUGAAAUCAAAUAUGUGCUUUGUGUACUCUUCGAAGAGAAAAUUGCCUAAAUUUUAAAUAUUGAGAGGGAGAGCUUGAAAAGCAAUGAGCAAAGACAAAAGAGUCUCUUUGAUCAUCAUGUCUUAGAGCAAAACAAUGUAUAAAGUGAAAGUAGGCAUUAAUAUGGGCCCAGGUGGAUACCACCAUUUUAUAUGGACAUCUUCACAGUGUAUAUUAAAAAAGUGGGCAUUAAGGUGGACUCCAUGUUCCCAAUUACUACUACUCUCUGCCUCAUCCUCAUCCCCAUCCCCAUCCCGACUACCUCAUCCCCAUCUACUCCGACUCCGAGAGAGAGAGACCGCGAGAGGCGGCAGCGUGGCGGGGUGGCGGCGUCGGAUUGGCGAUGACGGCUGUUGAUUCGGUGACGGAGUGACGGCGGCGGUGGUUGAUCCGGUGACGGAGUGGUGGCUAUGUGCGACCGCGCGCGCGGGCAAAUCCGGUAGCGGUCCUAAGUGGAUCUCCGGCGGCGUCGGCGAUGGUCGACGGUGGAUCCAGCGUCGGGGACGGUGGUCUCGAGCAGAUCCGGCAGCCGUGUGAGCGAGCGGAUCUGGCGGGAGUCGUGGGCAGAUCUCCGACGGCGGUCACGGCCUCGCGGGUGGAUCUCCAGCGACGGAGACGACAGUGGCGGGCGGCUCUCCGGCGACGGCCAUGCAGGUGCUCCCCGUCCUCUUUCACUCUCCCAUGGUGGGCUCGUUGCUGCUUCUCCUCUCCCAUGGCGGUAACCAACUACUUUGGAGAGAGACAAAGCUAGAGCAAAUAAGAUCGGAUUGUUUAUUCCUUAUGGGUGGUUCUUAUGGGUGGUUCUUAUGCAUAAUGCUACCUCAAGAAAAGGAUAGCUAUAAGAACCACCUCCACAAUAUAUAAGUAGACCUAUGAGCAUAAUACCCUCUCUUAUUUUCACAUUGUGAAUGCCCUUAUAUGUAGAAAGGGAGUCGAAGGACGGAGCCAGAGAAUUGUUAGCGACUCACCACGCGGAGAAAUUUACUCGUGAAGGGAAAAAGGCAACCGCCCAAUACCCGGAUCAGGACUGACAAUUUAUAUUGGAACCCCUUCUAUUA